CCUAAAUACCCCUUAUCGCCCUGUUGCAACCCUAAGCUGCAAUUCCCAUCUAAACCCUCCGACGUUUUGCAAUCUGUAGUAAUCUUCUCCUCAUUAUUGUUUGCCCCUUUGUAAAUUCUUUCCAUUUUCCCUCAAUUCCUUCAUUACCCUUCUUCUCUUACUCUCUUUAAUUUCAUCAUCUCCCCGCCAUUUUUCUCUCUCCUCCCACUUUCGAAUUUCCGUUAACUCUUCCCUUUUUUCUGUCCCUUCUUCAAUAAUAUUCAAUUCUGAUUCUGGGUUUUCUUCUAGAUUUAUGUCAGAUUAUCUACUAUCUGGGUUCUAUGAUCUGUAUUUCAAUGAUUGUGAAAUACCCUGUUCAAAUUUUUCUGAAAUUUGAAGUUUAAUUGAUGGAUCAAAGCUGGGAUCUUCUGAGUUAGGGUUAGUUGAUCAUAAGACUGUUGAUGGCAUUGGUGACUAAACAUUGUUGAAGCUAGUUCAGUUGCUUUCUAUUUUGAUUGUGGUUCUGAAGAUUGCAACUGGUAGUCUUCAGUUAUGGCGAACCAUGAGUUGAUCCAUGGAAAAAAUCAUGGAGGGGAUUUAGGUCAUGACAAGCAGUUAGUGCAUGCACAUAAUCAUAGCAUAGGUCUUGAACAUACUCACAAACAUGAUUUGGUUAUGGGACAAGAGCAUGAGCAGGAACUGGAUCUAGGACACUCCCACAACCAAGAUGAACUGGCUUUGGAACAGAGCCAUGAUGUUGAACCGAGUGAUGAUCAUUAUGAGCAAGGUAAUAACUUGCUCAUGGAGCGUAAGCCUAGUCAUGAUUGCCAUGAUUUUUCUUCCCAAAACGAGUUAGCUUUAAUAGAGCACAAUGAACUAGCUGUUACAAGCAAUCAUGAUCUAGAUGAGAAUUUGGAAUUAGAUAUAGUUCAGAGCAAUGAAAUGGCUAUUGAAGCUGUCGAUGAUCUUGAUGUUCAGGAGCCAGAGUAUGUACUUGAUUCUGAUCAUGUUGUUCAAGCUCGUGCUCUGGUUGUUAGCCCUGGCCAUGAGCUUCAUGUGGGACAGGAAUUCCCGGAUGUCAAGAGCUGUCGCAGGGCUUUAAGGGAUACUGCAAUUGCUCUACACUUUGAAAUGCAGACUAUCAAAUCUGAUAAAACUCGUUUCACAGCAAAAUGUGCAGCGGAAGGAUGCCCCUGGCGUGUCCAUGCUGCAAAGCUUCCCGCAGUUCCUACUUUCACAAUCAGGACUCUUCAUGAGGUUCAUACAUGCAACGGUAUAGGUCAUCUUGGCCACCAGCAAGCAUCAGUUCAGUGGGUGGCAAACUCUGUCGAACAACGUUUGAGAGAGAAUCCUAAUUAUAGACCCAAGGAAAUACUAGAAGAGAUCCAUCGCAUACACGGGAUCACCUUGUCAUACAAGCAAGCCUGGCGGGGAAAGGAGCGUAUCAUGGCAGCUAUGCGUGGAUCCUUUGAAGAAGGAUAUCGACUUUUACCCCAAUAUUGUGAGCAAAUUAAACUUACAAAUCCUGGUAGUAUUGCUUCUGUUUAUGGUAAUGCAGCUGACAAUUGCUUUCAGCGGCUCUUUGUUUCAUUCCAAGCAUCUAUUUAUGGUUUCCUAAAUGCUUGUCGGCCCCUUAUUGGGCUUGAUAGAACCUAUUUGAAAAGCAAGUACUUGGGUACCUUGUUGUUGGCCACUGGUUUUGAUGGGGAUGGAGCUCUUUUUCCUUUGGCUUUUGGUGUAGUCGAUGAGGAAAAUGACGAGAAUUGGAUGUGGUUUCUGUCAGAACUUCACAAUCUUCUCGAGGUGAAUACCGAAAACAUGCCAAGGCUCACCAUUUUGUCUGACAGGCAAGAGGCUAUUGUGGAAGGCGUGGAAGCGAAUUUUCCUACUGCUUUUCAUGGAUUUUGCAUGCGCCAUUUGAGUGAAAGCUUCCGUAAAGAGUUCAAUAACACCAUGCUCGUCAAUCUUUUAUGGGAAGCUGCUCAAGCACUCACUAUUAUCGAAUUUGAGGCAAAAAUUCUCGAAAUCGAAGAGAUAUCACCAGACGCUGCAUAUUGGAUUCGAAAAGUUCCUUCUCGUUUGUGGGCUACAGCCUAUUUUGAAGGCACUCGAUUCGGGCAUCUGACUGCCAACAUAGUGGAAUCGCUAAAUAGCUGGCUUCUGGAAGCUUCCGGGCUUCCUAUCAUUCAGAUGAUGGAGUGCAUACGGAGACAGCUAAUGACAUGGUUUAACGAACGACGUGAGACAAGCAUGCAGUGGACAUCGAUACUUGUUCCUACUGCUGAACGGUGUGUUGCAGAGGCGAUUGAGCGUGCUCGUUCUUAUCAAGUACUUCGUGCUAAUGAGGCGGAAUUCGAAGUUAUAACCCAUGAAGGAUCAAAUUUUGUGGAUAUUAGAAACCGAUGCUGUCUUUGUCGAGGAUGGCAGCUGUAUGGGCUGCCGUGUGCCCAUGCUGUGGCAGCGCUUCUUUCAUGCAGGCAGAAUGUUCAUCGUUUCACAGAAAGUUGUUUCACUGUCACGACUUAUAGGAAAACCUACUCUCAGACUAUCCAUCCGAUCCCAGACAAGUCCUUAUGGAAGGAGAUGACUGAAGCGGCCUCAGAUAGCAGCAAAUCUGUCGAGGUAAUCAUAAACCCACCCAAGUCUCUUCGUCCACCUGGAAGACCGAGAAAGAAGAGAGUUCGAGCUGAAGAUCGUGGUCGUGUAAAGCGGGUUGUGCAUUGUAGCCGCUGCAAUCAGACAGGCCAUUUCAGAACUACAUGUGCAGCACCUAUAUGAAGUAUUUAUGCCACAUUUUUAGUUUAACUAGAAUAGCUACUCAAUAUAGUGUCUUGCCUGUUAUUAGGGAGAAAUUGUGAACAAAAAUGCAUGAGUAUCACAUGUUAUAUACCUAUUUUUAGUGAAUAAUGCAAUGUAAAGAAAAACCUUAUUACUAUUUUAUAAUGUUAAAUGCUUAGAUUCAAAUUUCUACCUCAUUAGUUUGUUGGA